AUGGCACAUCAACACCCCCCAUUGGAGCUUUCCGAGUGGACAGCAGUCCCAGGUGGGGAUCCUGACUCAGAUUCCGACCGGGACUCAGGAGUCGGCGAGGAUGCUGGAGAGGAUGCUGGCAGUCACCAUGGCAAUGACAUAUCGCACCGGCAGGAUGGAGUUGGAGAGCGAGGUGGAGAGGAAGAAGGAGAGGGGGAUUUCACUAUCUUUGUUGCCUUUCAGGGAAAUAUGGAUGACGAGGACUUCCAAGAGAAACUUGACAACAUCCUUAACAGGAUGCCUAGUAUGCUUGAAUUAGGUUAGUAGUGGGUGGUGACGUGGUGCACCUUUCUAACUGGUUAAACAGUUUCCUACAUUUUACAUCUACUUUGAAUGUAUCCUGAAAGUAGUUUGACAAUGUUUGAAAGCCAUCAUUUCAGACCUCUGUAUUAUUUCUAUACUGAAAAUGAACCAUGAUAUUGAGUUAUUUUAUUGUACCUCUCAACCUCCUUAUCUCAUCCUCUCUUUCUCUGUCUUCUUAUCCCUCCCCAGAUUCUGAGAGACUGCAGCCGCAGCAUGUGGAGCCGUGGAACAGUGUGCGUGUCACCUUUAACAUUCCCCGGGAAGCGGCAGAGCGCCUGAGGCUGCUGGCCCAGAACAACCAGCAGCAGCUCCGAGACCUGGGCAUACUCUCUGUACAGAUAGAAGGUAUGUACAGUACGCAGAUAGCAGCAGCGAUGGCUAUGAUCAGGCCCAAAAGUGAAAGCGUCCAGAAAAGUACCUAGACCCUGAUUGUUGUUGUUUUUGUUUGUUUCGUCCAGGUGAAGGAGCCAUCAAUGUGGCCAUGGGGCACAACAGAGGUCAGGAGGUCAGGGUGAACGGACCAAUCGGAGCGCCUGGACAGAUGAGGAUGGAUGUGGGAUUCCCAGGACAACCAGGCCCAGGUACCUAACGCUCAUAUUAUGUCAUACUAACCCGGGACAGGGAAGUGACAAGUUGAACUACACUGCUCAAAAAAAUAAAGGGAACACUAAAAUAACACAUCCUAGAUCUGAAUGAAUGAAAUAAUCUUAUUAAAUACUUUUUUCUUUACGUCUGUCACGUGCUCAGUGUGAACCUGCUUUCAUCUGUGAAGAGCACAGGGCACCAGUGGCGAAUUUGCCAAUCUUGGUGUUCUCUGGCAAAUGCCAAACGUCCUGCACGGUGUUGGGCUGUAAGCACAACCCCCACCUGUGGACGUCGGGCCCUCAUACCACCCUCAUGGAGUCUGUUUCUGACCGUUUGAGCAGACACAUGCGCAUUUGUGGCCUGCUGGAGGUAAUUUUGCAGGGCUCUGGCAGUGCUCCUCCUUGCACAAAGGCGGAGGUAGCAGUCCUGCUGCUGGGUUGUUGCCCUCCUACGGCCUCCUCCACGUCUCCUGAUGUACUGGCCUGUCUCCUGGUAGCGCCUCCAUGCUCUGGACACUACGCUGACAGACACAGCAAACCUUCUUGCCACAGCUCGCAUUGAUGUGUCAUCCUGGAUGAGCUGCACUACCUGAGCCACUUGUGUGGGUUGUAGACUCCGUCUCAUGCUACCACUAGAGUGAAAGCACCGCCAGCAUUCAAAAGUGACCAAAACAUCAGCCAGGAAGCAUAGGAACUGAGAAGUGGUCUGUGGUCACCACCUGCAAAACCAGUCCUUUAUUGGGGGUGUCUUGCUAAUUGCCUAUAAUUUCCACCUGUUGUCUAUUCCAUUUGCACAACAGCACGUGACAUUUAUUGUCAAUCAGUGUUGCUUCCUAAGUGGACAGUUUGAUUUCACAGAAGUGUGAUUGACUUGGAGUUACAUUGUGUUGUUUAAGUGUUCCCUUUAUUUUUUUGAGUAGUGUAUAUCCAUUCAUUGUUAAUAUUUUAGUUGUUAAAGUAUAAACAAACCUCCAUACCAAUCCAGGGCUUGACAUUAACUCUUGUCCUCUUGUCCGGGACAAGUAAAACAAGUAGUUGGACAAGAAGAAAAUAGAUUUAAGUUGUCCAAAUAGACAAGUUUUAAAAAAUCACACACAAAUCACAAUAUCAAACAAUUACUCUGAUCAGAAUUGGAUCGGAGGCUAACAUUGGAAUAAUUUUCAAAUCUAUUGAUCAUGUACAUUAAAAGAAAAAGCCUACAUGUCAAAGUGUAGGUGAUAUGCAUAUUGGCUACAGCUUGUGUCAAAACCGAUGCUGACAUGAGGGAGGUGCCAGAAAAUGUAGCCAAACUGAGACUUUUAAUAACUUAAAUAUAGGCUAAACACCAGUUAUGUUUGACAAAUAUAUAUACGUUUUAUUGUCACAUACAGUACACUGGAUAGGUGUAGUGAAAUGUGUUGUUUUACAGGGUCAGCCAUAGUAAUAUGAAUGAACCGUGCCUCAAGUAUGUGGACAGAAUCAAGGCUUUAGCCUUUAGCUUGAUUCUGUCACAAGACCGGAGAGUCAAGGACAGUGCCUGUUGCGCACCGCACAUCACCCACCUUAAAUCUGAGCAGAGGCAGUCAGCAUGUUGAAACUAUUUAACCAUAAACUUCAUUGUUUUAAACCUGGACUUUUUAAGUCAUUUUAUGAAGUAUGUCUUACCUUGUUUCAAAGUAGCCUAGCCUAAAAUACGACCAUAGGAAUGUUCAGGGGAUUAUUUUAUAAACACUUAUAUGGCAUUGAAACCAGCAUUUGUUUUUGAUGUCCUAUUGGUUUUCAAAUCAAGGUUAUUUUAUUGUCCAGCAGCCAAAGGCAGAAUCCUAGUCAUAUUAGUAACCCAUGCUAGCUGAUGCAUCUUUAGAUCGCCCCUUUCUUAAUUUCUAACGGAUAUUUUCCCGCUAAUUGCAUUUUGGAACAUUCGCGUGUAGCCUAUAGCCAUGUGCGCAUUGUUGAGCUUACAGUGGGGGAAAAAAGUAUUUAGUCAGCCACCAAUUGUGCAAGUUCUCCCACUUAAAAAGAUGAGAGAGGCCUGUAAUUUUCAUCAUAGGCACACGUCAACUAUGACAGACAAAAUGAGAGAAAAAAAUCCAGAAAAUCACAUUGUAGGAUUUUUUAUGAAUUUAUUUACAAAUUAUGGUGGAAAAUAAGUAUUUGGUCAAUAACAAAAGUUUCUCAAUACUUUGUUAUAUACCCUUUGUUGGCAAUGACACAGGUCAAACGUUUUCUGUAAGUCUUCACAAGGUUUUCACACACUGUUGCUGGUAUUUUGGCCCAUUCCUCCAUGCAGAUCUCCUCUAGAGCAGUGAUGUUUUGGGGCUGUCGCUGGGCAACACAGACUUUCAACUCCCUCCAAAGAUUUUCUAUGGGGUUGAGAUCUGGAGAAUGGCUAGGCCACUCCAGGACUUUGAAAUGCUUCUUACGAAGCCACUCCUUCGUUGCCCGGGCGGUGUGUUUGGGAUCAUUGUCAUGCUGAAAGACCCAGCCACGUUUCAUCUUCAAUGCCCUUGCUGAUGGAAGGAGGUUUUCACUCAAAAUCUCACGAUACAUGGCCCCAUUCAUUCUUUCCUUUACACGGAUCAGUCGUCCUGGUCCCUUUGCAGAAAAGCAUGAUGUUUCCACCCCCAUGCUUCAUAGUAGGUAUGUUGUUCUUUGGAUGCAACUCAGCAUUAUUUGUCCUCCAAACACGACGAGUUGAGUUUUUACCAAAAAGUUCUAUUUUGGUUUCAUCUGACCAUAUGACAUUCUCCCAAUCCUCUUCUGGAUCAUCCAAAUGCACUCUAGCAAACUUCAGACGGGCCUGGACAUGUACUGGCUUAAGCAGGGGGACACGUCUGGCACUGCAGGAUUUGAGUCCCUGGCGGCGUAGUGUGUUACUGAUGGUAGGCUUUGUUACUUUGGUCCCAGCUCUCUGCAGGUCAUUCACUAGGUCCCCCCGUGUGGUUCUGGGAUUUUUGCUCACCGUUCUUGUGAUCAUUUUGACCCCACGGGGUGAGAUCUUGCGUGGAGCCCCAGAUCGAGGGAGAUUAUCAGUGGUCUUGUAUGUCUUCCAUUUCCUAAUAAUUGCUCCCACAGUUGAUUUCUUCAAACCAAGCUAUUGCAGAUUCAGUCUUCCCAGCCUGGUGCAGGUCUACACUUUUGUUUCUGGUGUCCUUUGACAGCUCUUUGGUCUUGUCCAUAGUGGAGUUUGGAGUGUGACUGUUUGAGGUUGUGGACAGGUGUCUUUUAUACUGAUAACAAGUUCAAACAGGUGCCAUUAAUACAGGUAACGAGUGGAGGACAGAGGAGCCUCUUAAAGAAGAAGUUACAGGUCUGUGAGAGCCAGAAAUCUUGCUUGUUUGUAGGUGACCAAAUACUUAUUUUCCACCAUAAUUUGCAAAUAAAUUCAUAAAAAAUCCUACAAUGUGAUUUUCUGGAUUUUUUCUCAAUUUGUCUGUCAUAGUUGACGUGUACCUAUGAUGAAAAUUACAGGCCUCUCUCAUCUUUUUAAGUGGGAGAACUUGCACAAUUGGUGGCUGACUAAAUACUUUUUUUCCCUACUGUAUAAUAUGAAUAAAUACAACUUUAUCAACAUUUUAUGCUAAAUGGUCUGAUCUGUCGCAUUAGCCUCAUUGCUUAAUUUCUUUAUUUUUACAUGUUUCAAUGUGCAGUGGUAGUAUGAAUUUUGGAUCUAUCAUCCCAGGGUGUUUUGAACCAAAGACAUAUUUAUCGUCCCUGGGAUGACGGGAUGUCCUUAAUGUCAAGCCCUGGAGGGAAUUAUUUUAUAAAGACAUAAGAAGUAUUUGGUUGUAAUUUAUAGACUACCAAGGGUGGCCAACCAUCCGCCAGGAGAGCCUUAAAGGGGCAGUGUUGUAUUUUGAGACAGGUUUGAAUAGGUAGAGUGUAGCCUACAUUGUCUGAUUCUCUAUGGUAAAAAAGAUAGUAAUGUAUUUUGUAAAGUGUUUCCUUGCAUCAUACAAUGGUGUUAGACUUUUUUUUGGGGGGGACAAGUGACUUAAGCUUUUAGACAAGUAAAAAAACAACAUCCUACUUUUCUAAAAGACAAGUGGCUAAAGAAAUUAAUGUCAAGCCCUACAAUCUCUCGUAGGAGGCAUGAGAAUGAGCAACCCGUCGAUGGUCCCCCCUGGCCCCGGUAUGUCUGGUCAGGCCAUAGUCCCCAGCAGCAGUGGACAGAUGCACCCCAGACCCCCAUCGCAGACUGGUGAAGACAUACUUGCUUAAUAACCAACCAGUUAACUCAUUCACACAUCCAAAAUAUAUGCAACUUGUUCAAAGGUAGUGAACAUAUGUUUUUUUCCCCUCCUUCAGAUGCAAUGGACCCCAUGAUGUCUUUACAGCAGCAGCAGCAGCUUCAACAUCCCCAGGCUGGUCUCCACAGCCAAGGCCCCAUGCCCCCCCAGGCAGCUCACCACAUUCAGGUAUACAAUCACUAAUGGCGCUCAACAAUAACCAUGCAUUAUAAUCACUAUCAAUACUACCACGUAAUGCAAGGAUCAACUGUAUCAGGAGUUGACUGUAUUUUGACCACAGGUCAUGCAGACAGGGAGGCAGCUCAACCCAGCCGCCCUCCAGCAGCUGCAGCAGGCCCAGCAACAGGCCCAGCUCUCCCAGCUUGGUGGCCCCCGUCCCCCUUUCCAUCCCUCUGGCCAGAUGCCUGUACCCUCUGGCUGGAACCAGCUCCCCUCAGGGGUCCUCCAGCCCCCGCCAGCCCAGGGAGGACCCAUGGGCCCAGCCUGGAGGAAGGCCCCUCCCCAGGCCCAGAUGGGUCAACGUCCCCCCUCCCUGGCUACGGUGCAGACCCCCAGCCACCCUCCACCUCCGUACCCGUUUGGUAGCCAGCAGGCUGGCCAAGUGUUUAAUGCUAUGGGGCAGCUCCAGCAACAGCAGCAGCCAGGGGCUGGUCAAUUUGCUGCCCCCCAGCCUAAAGGUCUUCAAGGUGGGCCUGGAGGGGUGGCAGGACUCCCUAGACCUCCACCACCUCUGCCUCCGUCAGCAGGGCCUCAGGGUAACCUCACAGCCAAGUCCCCUGGGUCUUCAUCUUCCCCCUUCCAGCAGGGUUCUCCAGGGACUCCUCCCAUGAUGGGUCAGGCCCAGCUAGGCCCGCGACCUACGACCCCACAGGGUUUCCCUCAAGGGGUGGGCUCACCGGGCAGGGUGGUGCUGGGACAGCAGGGUAACAUGCAGCAAGGGUUCAUGGGAAUGCCCCAACAUGGGCAGCCUGGACCUCAGGUUCAUCAAGGAGGAAUGGGAGGUAAGAAACUAAACCAUUGCAGAUGACUACAAAUGAUUCAUUCACUUUCAUAGAGUAUGUUUGUUGCAUGGCCACAGAUGAUCUCCUGAAGUAUUACCUGUGUAGUUAGAAUUGCUGGUAUCUAGGGAUGUGACGGUAUUUUGAUAUUUUUUCCAUGGCAAAAAUGGAAACACGAAGCAGAUAACGCUCUGGUCCUUUCAAAACCUGUAUGUAAAAUAUUGUGUGCUAUAGCUGGAUGACAGCAUAAUGAUGCUUGUUUCCAACAUUAGGGAAGUUUUCCUAAAUUAAUGAAAUCUGCUUUGUGUUUUGUUUCCUUGCCACGAUACUAGCGAGUAUCAUUAAACUGGUAUCGUCCCGGCCCUACUGGUAUCACAAUUCACGCUUACCUCAAAGUAGUGCUCAGACAGUUACAGUGUAAUACAGACUCACUAUAAUGACCGUGUUAGCUGGGCUGAUGAAGUUCCCCAUGCUGAUGUUUGAUCACAGGCAUGCCCAAACGUCUGCCCAUGGGGUUCCCUAGCGUCUCAGGGAACCAGAACUUUGCCCAGGGUCAGGUGACUAGCGCCCCAGGAACCCCUGGGGGAGGACCCACUCCGCAGCUCCAGAGCAGCCAGGCUAUGGCCCACACAGGUACAAAGAAUAGAAUAGAUCAGCACAUACCUUUCAGAUAUGCUGUAUACCAUAGAAAAAGGCUUAAGAGCAGACAACACAGUGAUAUGAUUUAGGCUGCAUUCGUCAGUGUCAUUCUUCUGUCACGAUCUGAUUUCAGGAGCCCAGUCGUCAGCCUCCAUCCCCAACACCAUGCAGGGUCCGUCCCACUCCCAGCCCAAAGUCAUGGGCCUCCACAGUGGCAUGGCUGGCCAGCCCCAAGGCACCAACUCCGGGCCCAGUAUGAGCCAGCCCCAGCCCGGCCUCCAGUCCCAGAUGAUGGACCUCCAGGGCCAGCCCGUGUCCUCGUCCCCCAGCCAGAUGGUCCAGGGUGGGGGUCCGGGGCAGACAGUACUCUCUAGACCCCUCAACCCAGGGCAGAGAGGAGGCAUGACCCCACCCAAACAGCUGAUGCCACAGCAGGGCCAGGGGGUGAUGCACGGCCAGGGCCAGAUGGUUGGAGGGCCGGGGCACCAGGCGAUGCUCCUACAACAGCAACAACAACAAAACUCCAUGAUGGAACAGAUGCAACAAAUGCAAGGAAACAAGCAGGCGUUUGGGUUGAAAGGUCAAGCUGGGGUCAUGCCAGGUCAGAUGAUGCGGGGUCCGUCUCCUAACGUGCCCGGUAACAUGGCUCAGUUCCAGCAGGCUCAGGUGGGCCAACAGCAGCAACCUAUGACUCCACAGCAGCAGCAUCAACAGCAGCAGCAAAUGGCUCAGCUCCAACAGUUACAACAGCAGCAGCUACAACAGCUACAACAGCAGCAACAACUUCAACAACAACAGAUGACUCAGCAGCAGCCCCAACAGGUAUUUAAUUCAUUUUUUUCAUUUUUUAUUUGCACGGAAAACCAUCCACCAAUUUUACUUCAGGGUAGCAUUAAGGGUAUUAUUUAACUCGCUCAUUCCUUAAUUUUUUCAGGUCCCCAUUGGUGGCAAUCCCAACCAGGCCAUGGGUAUGCACGGUCAACAGAUGAGACUCCCCAGUGGUCAUCCUCUGGUCCAGCAGCAGCUACAGCAGCUCCAACAACAACAACAACAAAAACAACAACAAGCCAUGCUGCAACAGCAGCAGCAACAACAGGUGGCGCAGCAACACCCACACGCUAUCGGAGACCCCAGUGGUGCUACAGGCGACAUGGGCGGUGUCCAACAGAUGCUCCCGGACAUGCAGGGUCAGCAGCAAGGCAUUAUGGGAAUUGGAGGCCCUCAGCACAUGCAGGUGGGCAAUGGCCACUUCCCGGGUCACGGGAUGAACUUCAACCCCCAGUUCGGGGGUCAGAUGGCCAUGGGAGGGCCAUGUGCUCAGGCAGGGGGGUUUCCAGUGAACAAGGAUGUGACGCUGACCAGUCCUCUCCUGGUCAAUCUGCUUCAGAGUGACAUCUCUGCCAGUCAGUUUGGGCCUGGGGGGAAGCAGGGGACUGGAGGACCUGGUCAGGCCAAACCCAAGAAGAAGAAACCACCACGCAAGAAGAAGCCCAAAGUAGGGGAGGGACAGCAGCCGGUCGAGGGGCUAGGGUAAGUUUAUUGAAAUCAAAAGCAAUACUGAACAAAAAUAUAAAUGGAACAUAUAAAGUGUUGGUCCCAUGUUUCAUAUGAAACAUGAAAUAAAGAUCUCAAAAAAUUUCCAUACGCACAAAAAACGUAUUUCUGUCAAUUGUGCACAAAUUUGUUUACGUCCCUGUUAGUGAGCAUUUCUCCUUUGCCAAGAUAAUCCAUCCACCUGACAGGUGUGGCAUAUCAAGAAGCUGAUUAAACAGCAUGAUCAUUACACAGGUGCACCUUGUGCUGGGGACAAUAAAAGGCCACUCUAAAAUGCCACAGAUGUCUCAAGUUGAGGGAGUGUGCAAUUGGCAUGUUGACUGCAGGAAUAUCCACCAGAGCUGUUGCCAGAUAAUUUAAUGUUAAUUUCUCUACCAUAAGCCGCCUCCAACGUCGUUUUAGAGAAUUUGGCAGUUCGUCCAACCGGCCUCACAACAGCAGACCACGUGUAACCACGCCAGCCCAGGACCUCCACAUCCGGCUUAUUCACCUGAGGGAUCGUCUGAGACCAUCCACCCGGACAGCUGAUGAAACUGAGGAGUAUUUCUGUCUGUAAUAAAGCCCUUUUGUGGGGAAAAAAUCAUUCUGAUUGGCUGGGCCUGGCUCCCCAGUGGGUGGGCCUAUACCCUCCCAGGCCCACCCAUGGCUACGCCCCUGCCGAGUCAUGUGAAAUGUAGGGCCUAAGAUUAGGGCCUAAUGAAUUGAUUUCAGUUGACCGAUUUCCUUAUAUGAACUGAAAUUCAUUAAAAUUGUCGAAAUUGGUGCAAGUUGCGUUUAUUUUUGUUCAGUAUAUAUUCGCACAAGGUAUUCGUUAUUGGACAUGGUUUGUCAUCAAGGUAUUCUUCUUCUCUCCUCAGGGGUCUGGAUGUUGGGACUGGCCUGGAGGACCCAGAACUGCCAGGGCUGAGUGGGGAACAGGGAGUGGGCAUGGACCCCUCCGGACCCAAACUCUCAGACUUCACCAACAGGCCUGCAGGUAUGCAGUUUGAAUGUUUCUUUGCUCACUCACACUUUUUUAUAUUUUAGUUGAGUGGCUUUUUAUCAAUCCUUCUGUCAUGUCAGGUUUCCCAGGUCAGCCUGGAGACCAGAGAGUCCUACAGCAGGUGCCCAUGCAGUUCAUGCAGCAGCAACAACAACAACAACAACAACAGCAGCAACAACAACAACAGCAGCAACAACUGCAACAGCAGCAACAACAGCAGCAGCAGCAGCAACAACAGCAGCAACAACAGCAGCAACAACAGCAGCAACAACAACAGCAACAACAACAGCAUCAACAACAGCAGCAACAAAUGCAGCAUAUGCAGCAACAGCAAAUGCAGCAACAGCAAAUGCAACAGCAAAUGCAACAACAACAACAACAACAACAACUACUACAACAACAGCAGCAGAUGCAGGGACUGCAGGUUCCUCCUGGACAGCAGCAGGGGGUGGCUGGAGCUCAGGGUCCGGCUCAAGGCCAGCCACAGAUGCACCCUCAUCAGCAGCAACAACAACAGCAGCAGCAGCAGCAACAACAACAACAACAACAACAACAGCAACAACAGGUAUAAUGUACUGCCAAUGUGUACUUGCUGCUUCCAGGCUUGCGUGUGUGUGUGCAUGUGGUCAAAAGACACAUUUUCCAUUUUGACUAUGGAUAAUAUAGAUAAUUGGUUCCUUGUUGUGUUAAAGCAGCAGAUGCUGAUGAUUAUGAAGAUGCAGCAGGAGCAGGCUAAGAGCCGGAUGCCCCUCCCUCCAGGCGGGCAGUACGCCCCCAGGGGCAUGGUGAACCCCGGGGAGGCCCAGAGGAUGCCCGGUUCCCAGCAGGGCAACAUGCCUGUCAUGAUCAACCUCCAGGGGCACGGAGGAGUGCCUCCCUCUCCAGAUAAACCCAGAGGGAUGCCCCUCAUGGUCAACCCACAGGUUGGACACACUAUCUGGAUGCUUGAAAUGUGUAUAUAUCAUAUUUAUUGUUAUUGUCUUGUGAAUGUUCUAUGCUUAUUGAAUUUGUCUGUGUAUAAAUAAAGUGUCCUGUUUUUCUUGCUCUACCUAUGUAGAUGGCUGGGGCAGCCAGACGAAUGUCUCACCCCGAGGCAGGGCAGGGUCCCCAGUGUACUGGGGCUGAGGAGGCCCCUGGAGCGGCCAACUCCCUGCAGGACAGACCCGGGGGCCAGGAGAUGGGGAUGCCGCCUGGGAACGGGGCCCAACAGAUGGUGGUGAACCAGGGCCCCAACACCCACAUGAUGAAGCAAGGCCCCGGCCCCUCACCCCAGCACCCUGGAGCAAGCCCCCAGCAGCAGAUGCCCCCUCAGCCCCAGCAGGGUGGCCCCAUGCCAGGCCUCCACUUCCCUAACGUCCCCACCACUUCCCAGAGCUCCAGGCCCAAAACACCCAACCGGGCCAGUCCCAGGCCCUACCACCAUCCUCUCACCCCAACCAAUCGUCCACCCAGCACUGAGCCCUCUGAGAUCAACCUCUCCCCUGAGAGGCUGAACGCCUCCAUUGCAGGUCUGUUCCCCCCCAAGAUUAACAUCCCUCUGCCCCCUAGGCAGCCCAACCUUAGCCGGGGCUUCGACCAGCAGGGUGGGCUCAACCCCACCACUCUCAAAGCCAUAGGGCAGGCCCCUCCCAGCUUAACUCUGCCCAGCAACAAUGGAAGCGGUGGAGGUAACUCUAAUAACGGUCAGCAGUCUUUCCCUACAGGCAGUGGAGCUGCCAACACGGGCCAGGGCAAACCGGACAAGCAGUCUGGAGGAGGUCAGGCUAAAAGAGCCAGUCCCAGUAACAGCCGCAGAUCCAGCCCUGCCUCCAGCCGCAAAGUCACUAACCCCAGCCCAGGGAGGCAGAAGGGGACCAAAAUCACCCUCCCAUCCCCCUCUCACCAGCAACAGAUGGUCAACCCCCAGACAGGGCAGACCAUGAUGCUGAGCCCCACCCUGGUGCCUUCUAGACCGGUCUCUCUCCCACCAGCAGCGGGGGUAGGCCUGGAGCCCCAGCAGAUACAGACCCCCUUCCAGGGGAUGCAGGGUAACCCAGCUGAGAUGCCCAGGGAAGGGCAGGGAAUGGCAGGUGUAGAGCACCGGCAGAUGCCCCAGCCUCUGAGGGAGCUCUCCGCCCCACGGAUGGCUAGCCCUCGUGUAGGCACUCCUCAGGAGGCUAAAGCUGGGCUGGAGCAGACAGUGGUGACAGGGGAGAGGCAGCCUGUACAGAGCACUCCUCAGCAGGGGUCUGGAUCUGAGGCCUCUCCUGCUCUCAGGGAUGCGCCUACCUCCCUCAACCAGCUGCUGGAUAACACAGCCACCCCCAGCGUGCCUCCCAGGCCCACUCAGAGUGCUCCGGCUGGGGAUGCUGCCUGCAAGGAGAGCACUAAAGCCUCCAUAGUUUCAGAGAACCCAUCCAGUUUUUUUCAGAGCUCGGAUGUAGGGGCUACCACUGUUGCUACUACUGCUGCUGUGAACGAGCCAGAAGCUAAACCCAAGCCUAGCUCAACCCCCAGCCCAAAACUCCCAAAUCCAGUCGGUAGUCCUAACCUGCAGCGCAACGCAAAUACCAAUCUGAAUGCUAAUCCCGGCCCUAGCCCCAAUCUAAACCCAACUGACAGCCCCAACCUAAACUCUAACUCUAGCUCCAGUAUCAAGCCUAGCACCCCUAACGUAAACCCUACCACUACCACCGGCCCUACUCUAAACCCUACUCCUAUUCUCAGCGUCAGUGUGGGCGCCAGCGUCAGUCACAGUAGUCCCCUCCCCAACGUUAUCCCCAGCCCCAAACCUAACCCAAACCCUGCCGUUAGCCCCAAACCAACCCCCAGCCCCAAACCUAACCCAAACCCUGCCGUUAGCCCCAAACCAACCCCCAGCCCCAAACCUAACCCAAACCCUGCCGUUGGCCCCAAACCAACUCCUAGCCCUAAGCCCCCGACCAAUGUCCCCACUGUCCUGCAGAUCCCUUCAUCAUCUGCCACCAUCUCCCCCAACCAGAUCAGUUACACCUCCGCCCCAGCUCCCACCCCCCAGGCCCCCGCAACCGUCGUCUCCGCUAUGGUGGCCAUGCCCAAUAAGAACAUCCGACCCCAGCAGACCAACCAGCAGACACGUGGCCCCCGCCCCCCGUUCAUCACCACGCCUGUGUUUAUUAACACCGGUACCGCCAUCUUCCAGGUCCCUACAUCGUCUGUGGCACCCAACACCACGGUGGUGUCCCAGCCGGUCACCAUGGUAAAGCCCAUACAGGUGUCCACCACUAACAUCCAGCUCACCACUGCUCCAACCCAGGCCCAAGCCCCGGCCUCGACCCAGGCUGCUGUGGUCAGUGUGGCUAGCUCCCAGCCUGCCCGAACGCUAGUUGGGCAGGUCCAGAUGGCCACUAGACGGGCUUCCCCUGUCCCUGUUAGUACCCUGCCUCGUCCUCAGCAGCAAAGCCCUGGCACUCCCAAGUCGGAGACCCCGGGUGAGGCGCCCCCUGGCCAGAAAUCGAGCCCAUCCCCCCGUCCCAGCCCCUCUCCCACAGCCUUGGCGUCUGCUUCAUCUCCCGUCCAGCAGCCCCUAGCGUCCCCUCCAUGCUCCAGUCUUGGUGCCCCAACCAGCACCCGGAAGAGCCCUAUGUCCCCCACCUCUGCUUCCCAGGGAAAGCCUGCCCAGGCUCCUGGCUCUGCACCAGUGGGUAAUCCACCAGACUCCCAGCAGUUUGCUGAGGCACGGUCUGCCCAACCUUUAGAGGGGACUUCCCAUCCCCAGAGGGGGCCGAACUGGGCUGUGCCCCCUCACGCCUUCCCUCCACCCCCUGCAUCUGUCACCCAGACUCAGGCCACAGUGUCUGGAGCGCAGACUCGGACCACAGCUGCUGCUGUUCCUCUGAAAGUCACCACUCCUCCUGUAUCAGCUCCAACUCCUGUCCCUGCUCAACCUGCUGCACCAGCCCAGUCCCCUGUUCCUGCCUCUACUCCCACCACCCCUCCCCCAGUGUCAGUCCCUGUCACCACCCCAACCCCUACUACUGCCCCUGUUACGUCUGUCCCUGCUCCUCCUUCAGCCUCAGUCCCAGUCCCAAGUCUGUCCCCAUCCACCUCUCCUGUUGCUGCCACCCCUGGACCCUCCAACCCCCCCGGGGACUCCCCAGCCAUAUCCUCCCCAGUGGCCCCUACCCCUAUGGGGGCUCAGCCUGCCCCCACAGCCAUGGAGCCUCCCAGCCAGCCAGCCCCACCAGAGCCCCCAGCACCUGCAGACAACACCCCAGGUACAUAUCAAUCGAUCGAUCAAUCAAUGAUUUGAUUGAGUGACUUAUCCCCCACAUAUCAAACUUUGACUGAUAAUAAUAACCUCCACCAUGUCCUUUCUCCCAGUGUCAGUCCAACCUGAACCUCCACAGCAAGAGGAGCCUGCUGCUACUGAGAAGACUGGUAAGUACUGUCACACUAACUUAUCUGUAACAAAAUGGUUAAUGCUCCGGCCCCUUUAUGUAAUGACAUGGUCAUGACAUGAUAUGGUAUCUUGGUAACAAAGCACAAAUGGGAACAUCCAUAAUGUAUGCAAAGAUUGUGGUAGAUCAUGAGGGCACCAUAAAAUGUAAAUACUAGAGCAAGUUAUUCAUGCAGGCUGUGCUGAUCUAGGAUCCGUUUUUGCCUUGAAGAUCAUAAUGAAUAAGGUUAUUUGGACAGAUCCCAGAGCAGCGUUAGCCAGGUUGCCAGUCUUUUUAGCUAACAUUCCACUCUGAACUUCAUGUCAUGUGCCAUAUGUUUGGGCGUGGCCAAUGGCGCAGUUUUAGAGGCCCUUCUCUUGGCCGCAGAGACAACAUUUUGCUGUUUUUAAAAGCUAAUUUCCUGCAAUUCUACACGUUUUGCCAUGGCUGAUGCCUUGUUCUUAUGCUAUCUGAGUGACUCAAGCAUUAUAACAGGCAAUGCCAUGACAUUUUGGGAAUUUCAGAUUCACCUUUUUAUUUGGGUGAUUGUUAGUUCUCAAACAUUAUCUUAUUUAAAAAGAUAGCUAUAUUAUAUUUUCUACAUAAUCUGGUUUUGGUCAUUUAAAUUUACACUGAAAACGUUUUACCAUCCUGAUUUUCUUUGGGCCGGCCACGAUUUAGCAGCGUUGGUGCAGAUACCCUGUAUGCUGUGAACAUAAUAUGCCCUUUGCUGUGAUAUUUAGUAACUUUUUUGUUUGUCUUUUUUCCCUCUACAGCAGAAGAAGUUGCCACAGUAACCGAGCAAGGGUGAGGUUAUCAAAAGAGAUUUCAAACUAACACAUGAAACCCUGUUCUUUUUAAUGUCAGUAUGAAAUAAAUACUUGUCAUGCCAGGGGUGAUUGGGAUAUUCCAUUGCCUUUUAAGGUUAACAUCAGUAUUAAGUAGUUGGCCUAGUCUGCAGUAAGUGCCAUGUUUGUAAACAGAAAUGUAACUCUACUGAAACUCAGGGAGUUUAUUUGGUUGGCCAGGGCAGGGGGGUACAUGGCGAAACCCAAUGAGCCACGUGGCCUCAGCACUUGGUAUGUAUGCUUAGCAUGCAAACUAUAUCCAAACUUAAUGCAUGUCAAAAGACGACACAAGCACUACCACUCCAUAAAAACUUGACUUUACAAAUUGAGUAAUGAAUGUGGCCAUGUCUGAUGAUGAUGAUGAUAUUUUCUGGGGAUGAUUAUAAUCAUUAAGAGUAUGUUGGGGGACUAAAACCAUGUUUGUUCAGCAUCAUCACAGUUUAGUUUACCGCUGUUUUUCCACUUCUAUCACAGAUGGGCAAAGAAAAGAAAGACUCCAGUCAACUUAGUCCCCAGGUAUGUAUUUACACGCGUGAGUGCUGCCAGGACGCACGCAGCAGCCCUGUCUUGUCCACCAUUUCGUUAUCUAUCGGAUACCGUUUGGGGUGAAGACGGACAGUAUCUGUGGUAGACGAGGAAAAACAGCCCAGUCCGAAGCGGUUUUCCCAACUGUGGAAUACCGGAGUGGUAUUCCAACUUUCACUGAGUAGCUACUGUAGAGUUACUCUUUUUAUUAUCUCUGUAAAUGACCUCUCCUGCUUUUCUUGUCUCUCUCUCCCCUGUUGUCCGUGGCUCUGUUUUCUGUCGGGAAUCUAUCAGGGCUGCCGUGGAGAAGCCGAAAGGUCCCAGCAGACGGAGCUCGCGUGCUGAAAAGGAGGUGGAGGAGGAGACGGUGGCAGACAGCGUGCAGAGGAAGAGACCAGCCAGGCCUGGAGCCAGCGCUGUUGUCGCUGCUAAAGGUACACACACAUAUACAGUACACUACAGUACACACACUUCCCACUGAUUGAGGACAUACACACACACACUCUCACACAUAACUUACUAUUGCAUAGCUUAAGUUGUUAUUUAAAGUUCUUUGUCUCUUCAAACAUGUCCCCCUCUCUCUUUCCUCUGUGUCCUUUCAGAAACAGGUGCCAGUCCAACCCAGGCUAAGAGAAGGAAGUCUAAAUGA